AUGUCUGGAAACAACGGAUCUGAAGUAGAAACAGACGACCUCGGACCAUACUUCACUGAAAGGAACGGAAGAAUAUUUCACUCUAGCCUCACAUCACCCUACCCUCUCCCCUCGGAUCCAGACGAAAACGAGCGUCUCGACGAACAACAUGAAAUUCUCAGAACACUUCUCGGGGGGAACUACGUUGGUCCAAUUGACGACGUGUUGACUCCCGACCCUGACAGGGAAAAGAUUGUUAUUGACGUGGGUACGGGAAUGGGUCAAUGGUGUUUUGAAAUGGGUCAGGCCUUCCCACAUGUCGAGUUUUAUGGCCUCGACAUAGCACUGGCAGUACCCAUUGCGCCGCGGGAAGAUUUGCCGCCUAACGUCCACUUUGAAAUACACGACAUAAACCAACAGACCAGGUUUGCUGACCGCUCUGUUGACGUUGUUCACGCUCGUGCGGCAUCCAUGACGGUUACAGAUUUUAACGUUAUCAUUAGAGAGGCUGCCAGGAUACUUGUACAAGGAGGCAUGUUUCUCUCUGGAGAAUGGGGAAGAUUUCCAGCAUUUCAUCCCGAUAUCUACGACGCCGUGCCGACUCAAAAUGCACCGAACCUCACAAGGUUCUAUGACGUUCUUAACGAAUCAUUACAAAAUCAACGAGGGCUUGGUAUCGUCGCUCGACUCGUUCCACAGAUGAUUCAUGCGAGUAACAGUUUUGGGGAUGUGACAACGCGUCCAUUCUAUGUACCAAUCGGACGUUGGCAAGGGGACGAAGCCUUGAGCGAAAUAGGACGGAGAUUUAGAAGGUGUGUCAGAAAGUAUAUGGAGUCUUGUCGUGGGAUACUCUUGGAAGCAGGAUACAGUAGCGAAGAUAUCAAUGCCCUUUGUGCGCAUGCAUGGGAUGAUGUGCGGAACUUGAGAGGGCUGAUAUCUAUCUAUUAUACGGCGUAUGCUCCCAGGUUGUAA